UUGAGGAGUAAUUUUGACUGUGAUUUUUCACGAAUCUUCCAGUUAAUUACUGUCGGCAGUCGUGGAUUAGCGAAUUUAUGGAGUUGCUCUCUAACGGCUGGCGAUCUGGUGAGCGGCGUUUGCAAUAGUGAAACAUCAGAUGAAGUGAAGAAGAUGCUGUAUGAUAAAAGUGAACGGCGCAAUCUUUUCGACGACCUGAGCGGUAACAGUUCCCAAGGAGUAGACGUAUCGGCAUGCACAUAUCAUUCGCCAACGAAUCUCCUCGUGACAGCGUUCACCAACGGUGUUUUCCUGCUUCAUGAGCUACCUUCGUUCAGUCUUAUACAUAGUUUGAGGAUAUCAGAAUUGGAAGUGAUGAGUAUGAAUGUGAAUAAGAGUGGGGAUUGGAUUGCGAUUGGAUGUGGGAAGGGGAGCGAUGCGCAGUUGGUGGUUUGGGAGUGGCAGAGCGAGACGUACGUUAUGAAACAACAAUCUCAUAGUCAGACAGUGACCACUUGCGCUUAUUCACCGGAUGGAUCGAUGCUGGCCACUGGUGCUGAGGAUGGCAAGGUGAAAAUUUGGAAUUGUCGUUCUUCGUUCUGCGUUGUGACAUUCACUGAGCAUACAAGUGGCAUAAGUGCGGUGUGUUGGAUAUCUGACGGUAAAGCGAUUUUGUCGUCGUCAUUCGAUGGAACUGUACGAGCGCACGAUCUUCAGAGGUAUCGUAAUUUUCGGACGUUGGUAUGUCCAGAACAGACUCAGCUGGGUAGUUUAGCGGUGGAUUCGUCUGGCGAUUUAGUGGUUGCGUCAUCAGUUGAUACCUAUAAUAUAUUCGUUUGGAGUCUUGAAAAUGGUCGAUUACUGGAUGUCUUAUCGGGUCAUAGUGCACCGAUUCCAGCCAUCUCAAUUCAUGGAACGUUCGUAGUAUCGGCGUCAUGGGAUAAAACAAUGCGGAUUUGGAGUAUUGUUGAAUCGAAAUCGUCAGAAACUAUUGAAUUGAUCGAUGAAGCACUCGACGUUUCUUAUUCGCCAUCGGGACAAAAUAUUGCGGUGUUGUGUUUAGACGGUUCGAUAACGCUGUUCGACUCUGAAUCGUCGACGCAAUGGGGAAGCAUUGAUACGAAGUUGGAUGUGGAUGCGGCACGUAAUACGACUGAAUUGAUCAAGAAGGAGACCGGUCAGAAGAGCAAGUCCUUCACGUGUAUUUGUUUUUCGGCUGAUGGUGCAUUCAUCCUUGCUGCGGGUCGAUCGAAUUAUAUUUGUAUGUACAAUGUGGCUGAAAGGCUUAUCGUCAGAAAAUUCAAGUUGACUACUAAUCGAAGUUUAGAUGGAGUUACGUUGGAUAUAAAUCGCCGUAAUCUUACGGAAUUUGGUAAUAUGGCACUGGUGGAUGCAUCAGACAGUGAGGAUGAAGCGGACGGUAAGAAACGUAUCAAAUUGGCCGGUACGAAACAUUCGGAUAUGGCCGAACGGUCAGCCAAACCUGAAAUACGCGUUCAGCACAUCAACUUUUCACCUACCGGAUUGAGUUUUGCCGUCUGUUCAACCGAAGGUGUGUGCGUGUUCUCGAGAGAUAAUCGUUUGAUAUUCGAUCCAUAUGAGCUAAACGUAGAGGUAACACCAAAAGGAAUCAAGCAAAAACUCGCCCAAGCAGAGUAUUCGCAUGCAUUGGUAAUGGCAUUGCGUUUGAACGACGCUCAACUGAUAGAGCAAUGUGUUCUGGCCACACCACUCGCACAAGUUGAUGUUGUCACGCGAUCGUUAGCGAUUAUAUACGCAGAGAAACUGUUGCAGUGGUUAUCGAAUGGUAAGAACACCUUAGCACAGCGUCACAUCCAGUUAUGGCAAUUAUGGCUGAAGAGCAUUCUGCUGGAACAUGCUCAGCAGAUCAAGUUGAAUCGUUCAGCGAAUCUGGCUUCUUUGACCGCCAUUCAACAACUCAUUUCAAACCACUCGAAUUUAGUUUCGAAAUUGUGA